UGUAAGAAGUAUAAAUUAGAACUAUGCUGGAUACGUUUUUCUUUUUUUGAAAAUCCAUUUUACUCAAUUGAUUUUAUUUUUAUAUUUUUUACUUGUAGUACAUUUUUUACUCUGACAAUAUUUUAUAAUGGCCCUCAAGCUUGACACACUGUCAAAGUUCAAUGACUUUAUCAAACUCACAAAUACUGCUGGCAAACACCUGCACCCACGCGACAUGCGUGGGAUCAGGCCGCUGCUAGCUCACAUCAGGUCCAACCACAACAUCGCGCGCUCGCAGUAUGACUCGAGCAAGUUUAAUUUUGCCGAAAGUGAAUAUGGCAUUACAAGCAAGUGCGGCGUGUUGUAUAUUCGCAGCGGCAAUUAUCUUGCCCACAUGAAUCAUUACAUCCAGGCCGAAUUUGAGACAACUGUAAAUGAAUUGUUUACAAAGAAGCCCGAAGACUCACCGCGUGUUAAAGCCGAGAAGGCUGCUGAGAAGGCAAGGCUGAUGGCUGAAGAGGAGGCAAAGAAAAAGGCCUUUGAGGCGGCAAGCCGCCGUGCUGAGCAGGAAAGAAGGGCCCAGGCCAAGCGGACUUACGACAAGGUCUUUGCCAAAUACUAUAAUAGCGGAAGCAAGCCAGUUUACCGCAUUGAGUAUUACUACCCAUUUGACCCCAUGGCCAUAAACGGCGAGCCAAAUCAAAAAAGAUACGAGAUUGAAACUGACUCAGGAGUGCUUUUCUUCCGCAACAACGUGCUGGUCAGCUACAUGCCUGGCUUUAAUUUUGAUAACUUCCGCGACAACAUAUACGAUUUUGAGUUCAACUCUGCAAGGGCAAUGGUGCCCAUGUCCAUCAUAUUCUUCUAUAACCACAACGUGCUGUACUACUUCCGCACAGCCGACGUGAGUGAGCUUGCCACGAGGCUACACCUGGUACUCAACAUGGGUGUUCUGUUUUUCCGAAACGGCCGGCUACUCGAGUACAUGGACGACUAUGACAAGGCCGAGUUCCAGCGCAUUAUCAAGCUGCCGCUGACGCAUGAGUUCAUGAAGGAGCCAGUCACCGAGGAAAUGAAGGAAAUUAAGAGAUUGAGAAAGGUAUCAAACAAUAAUAAUAACGCGUAUCAGCAGCGGGCAGAAAAUAUGGAAGAGAUGAUUACGGUUCAGCAAAGCGGAGAAGGAAAGGCUGCCCAGGCUAAUGCUGGACUCACAGUCAGCAUCCAGAACUCGGCGAACCACGACAUUACCUACCAUGCAGACGGCUCGAUAACUAUCAACCCAAAGAAGGACAAGCCUGCGCCCAAUACCAAUACCAGUACUGACGUUAACAACAUGGAUGGUUGCUGCAUUGUUUUGUAACUGGUAAUAUCUUUUAUAUUUUUUAUUCAUAGCAUAUCUAAACGCUCAAAAAGUUGU